AUAAUAAUUAAUUUUUUCCCAUUCACGGCUGUUCAAGUUUAAGAGCAGACAUGGUGUCUUUUAUAUACGGAUUAUAUGUCUGAAUAGUUUAAACAAUAUCCAAAGAAUUUUUUUCUAGUAUCAUGUGGGCUGACACUAUUUUAAUUGUAUUUAUUAGUAUCUGUACAGCUUUAUUAGGAGAAGGUUUAACAUGGUUGAUGGUUUAUAGGACAGAAAAAUACCAAAAAUUAAAAGCUGAAGUAGAAAAACAAAGUAAAAAAUUGGAAAAAAGAAAAGAAGCACAUGGAGAUUCGUUAGAUAAACAGCAGAAAAAGAAAAUUGAACGAGAAGAAGAAAGGUUAAAGAAUAACAAUAGAGAUUUGUCUCUUGUAAAAAUGAAAUCAAUGUUUGCAAUUGGGUUUGCAUUUACAGCUCUCUUAAGUAUGUUUAAUAGCAUUUUUGAUGGUAGAGUUGUAGCAAGAUUGCCCUUUGUUCCACUUGGUUGGAUACAAGGAUUAUCACAUAGAAACCUUCCAGGAGAUGACUAUACAGAAUGUUCAUUUAUUUUUUUGUAUAUACUAUGCACUAUGAGUAUAAGACAGGUAAAUUCAUAUGUUAGUUUGAUUUUGUUAUUAAUAUACUUAUUUAUAAAAAAAACUAUUGGUUGCAGAAUAUUCAAAAAAUGCUUGGAUUUGCACCUUCUAGAACUGCAAGUAAACAAAGUGGAAGUAUUUUUGGUCCUCCACCUCAACAAUUUAAAUAAAUUUAGAUUAAUAUUAAAUUAAAUAUUUAAUUUCAAAUUAAGUCAAAUAUUUGUUAUAUAAUUAUUUAAAUUUUGAUACUAUACCUGGUAAAAUGUUUAAAU